GUGAAAGGGGCCGGCUGUGAUUGGGUGACGGGCGGGCGGCGCGGCAGAUUUGAACGCGGGCGGACGGGCGGACGGAGGAGCCGUGCGGACCGGAGCGGAGGAACCCACCGCGCACCGUUGGGACUGGCCAAUGGGGACGUCAAGCAGCAGCUGCAUGGAGACCCCGGUGAAAGUGGUCUACAACAAGCAUCUGGGGAAUGUUCUGGACCCCCGCUCACCCACUGCCGGUAUCCUGCGCACACCUAUCGAGGUUCUGGGCAGCCCCGGUACACCCGAUGCUCGAGUGGAGCUGGACGAUGAGGAGGAGGAGGGAGAAGAGGUGUCAGGCUCGCUGGACCCCCGCUCACCUACCCCCGGAGUCAGCCGUACGCCCCUCAAACCCAGCGUGACCGACAAGUUCGGUUCCCUGACCAAGCAGCUGAGCGGGAUGUUCAUCGGCCCAGAGUCCGGGACCCAGAGAGGCGAUGGGGACCCCUCAGAGGUCAAAGGUGCUGACCAGCUGCUGGACUGUGAGGAAGAGGAGAAGGAAGAGGCAAGGGACACAGACCUCACUCCCCAACCGGGGCACCCACAGGAGGACCAAGAGGACCCAGUCAGUGCCAGGGUGUGGCUGCAGGACCAGAGACCCACCAGCAAGUUGGUGCAGCGAGAAGCUCACCCACUGUCGAACCGGGGAAGACGGAACCAGCCGGGCAGACCACAGCUGGUGUCAGCAAAGGGCCGGUGUCCCCUGCAGGUCCUCAAGGAUGACAACUCCCCAACCUGUGCACUGGCCAGGAGACAGGUGAAGGUGUCUCUAGGCUCCUCAGGCAGCCCCAGCGAACUGAUCCCCAGGACCCUCCUGAAGCUCGGACAGUCCCCGGCGGACAAGGAGAACCACAGAUCCCAGUGGCUGUCGGGAGAAGUCAGGGCCUGCCCUCCCUGACGUUGUUGGGGGGGGGGGUGUGUCACUGUGCGUCUGAGUGGGGUGGGGGAUAGGGGCGGGCUGACCUGACCCUACCCCACCAUCCUCACACCUCUCUGGAGGACAACACUAACCCUGCUCAGUCUCCCACCCUGCCGUGUUAGCUCAGCCCCGUGUCAAAGACCUUCUCCCACUGACUCACUACUCACUGCUGUAGAUAUGGAGCUUCCCACUGCCCCCAGGGUGAGAGGGGGACCUGUCCACUGCCUCUCCUGCUCCCUCGCUCUCCCUCUCUGCCAGCUCGUUUUAUCCUGUUGAAAUCGUUAAUAAAAGUGCUGUUUUAUUUUCUCCAAACUGUGUGUGUGUCAGUGCACUGGGAUGGGCCUUGCACCCACCUCAUCUGCACUGACAUCCAUGGGAAUCCCAUCGCCCUGCACCUCACCUGUUGGCUUCUGUCUCUCUCACUGG